AUGUCGCCACCGCAAACACCGCAAACACCGCAACCGUCGCCACAGCAACCACAUCCACCGCCCACGACCAUCGUGCCCCUCCUCGACGCGCAGCUCGACCACAUGCGCGACGUCCACGCCUCCGACCGCGACGCGGCACGCACGCUCAGCGAGGUCGCCGACAGCGUGCGCAACUUCUCCGUCCGCGACCAGGCGCAGGAGCUGCGGCGCCGCGGCGCAGCAAACAACAUCGACGGCGCCGCAUGGGCGCUCAAGGCGACCCCCAGCAGGGAGGAGGCGCGCCUGUGCUACCGCAUCGCCCAGCUCGAGGCCGAGCGCAACGUCUAG